ACACAGUUACACAGUUUUCCUAACUGACCUGUUCAGUGUCGAAGGUAAAGCGGAGAAAUGGAGGCGAUAUACAGCAUUCUCGGCUUAGAGUGGAUAGACAGCAGGAGUAUUUUGAUAUUUGUCUUUGUGUUUCUGCUUUUGAGCGACAUCUUAAAGAACAGAAAACCGAAAAACUUUCCUCCUGGUCCGCGGGCUCUUCCUUUUAUCGGAGAUCUUCACCGCAUCCAACCUGCGAGGUUUCACCUACAGUUCAGCGAGUUUGCAGAGAAAUAUGGAAACAUAUUUAGCCUUAAUCUCUUUGGUGAAAGGGCUGUUGUCCUCAAUGGCUACAAACAUGUGAAAGAGGCCCUGAUCGAACGAGGAGAUGACUUCACAGAUCGCCCCAUUAUUCCGAUGUUUGCAGACUUUGUUGGAAAUAAAGGUCUUGUGUUAUCAAAUGGUUAUUUGUGGAAGCAGCAGAGAAGAUUUGCUCUUCACACGCUGAAAAACUUUGGUCUGGGGAAGAAAACCAUGGAGCAAUGCAUCCAGCAGGAGUGCAGAUAUCUCUCAGAGGCUUUUGCAGAUCAACAAGGAAAACCUUUUAAUGGUCAGCCACUGAUAAUAAAUGCUGUCUCCAACAUCAUCUGCUGUUUGGUGUUUGGGAAUCGAUUUGAGUACAACGAUAAGCAGUACCAGACUAUUCUUCAGCACUUCAAAGACGUUGUGGAAUUACAGGGAGGUUUUUCAUUACAGAUUUACAACACAAUGCCUCGGCUGAUGAAGUGGCUGCCUGGACCUCAUCAGAGAUUUUUCGCUCUGUUACAAAAGGUUGCCGACUUUGUAGAACUCAGGGUCAAAGAACACAAAGAAAACCUGGACCCCUCAUCUCCAAGAGACUACAUCGACUCCUUCCUCAUUGAGAUGAAAGAAGAGGGGGACAAAGAGUCUGGUUUCGACCUUACAAAUUUGACUUUUUGUACCAUGGACCUGUUUGGGGCUGGAACUGAAACAACAACAACGACUUUACACUGGGGGCUGCUAUACAUGAUGUACUAUCCUGACAUACAAGGGAGAGUCCAGGCUGAGAUAGAUGCUGUGGUUGGUUCAUCUAGACAGGUGUCCAUGUCUGACAGACAAAACAUGCCCUACACUGAUGCUGUCGUUCAUGAGAUUCAGAGAAUGGGCAACAUUAUCCCUCUGAAUGUAGUUCGCAUGGCAAGCAAGGACACAGUCCUGGACAAUUACUCAAUCCCAAAGGGUACGAUGAUAAUACCUACACUUCAUUCGGUCCUACAUGAUGAGUCGAUGUGGGAGACUCCGCACUCCUUCAACCCUCAACACUUUCUGGACCAGGAUGGUAAUUUCAGGAAGAGAGAGGCCUUCAUUCCUUUUUCUGCAGGUAAACGCGUUUGUCUUGGAGAACAGCUGGCCAAGAUGGAGUUAUUCCUCUUUUUCACCUCCCUCCUUCAGAGGUUUUCAUUCUCUGCACCACAAGGCGAUCAGCUCAGUCUGGAGUUCAAGUUGGGAGGGACUCGCUGUCCCAAACCUUACCGCCUCUGUGCUGUACCACGUUAAAUCUUCAACCGUAUCAAACCAAGAACAAUGUACCCCAGUCUUCCAGCAACUUAACAUGAAUCACAUGCAUGUGCUAAAUAAAUGACAAGUAACAAUGACUCAGCAUUUAUUUAACUGUUUUAAUGUGAUAACAGGACAUGAUAUCUGUUGUUAUAACAAAAGUUUAGCUUAGUAAACUGAAUACUUCAUUCAGGUACUGUAAAUUUAAUCAAAUUUUUGCAGUGUGUGUUCAAAAACGACCAGUUUUCAAGGCUUUCAGAAUAAAUAAUACAUAUAUAAUGUAAAUCGAUCAAUUUCAAUAAGUGUAACAUUUUAAAUGUAAAGACACAUUUAACUCAACAGAUUUCCUUGAACAAAAACAUAAAGAAAUUUAAUCUUCUAAUGAAUUUUUUUUUUUUGUAAAUAAAUUCUUAACUACUUUCAUGGAGCCUAUGGUAGCUGCUAUCAAGCCAAGGAAUGUUAGACCUUGGACAGGUUGCAUCACAGGGCCAACACAGAUGCAAACAAGGCAAAUAACAACUCUCUUCGUAUUCGGUUUAGAGUCACCAG